AUGGCCGACACAAAGGUUCUUUCCCCAACGAUACCUUCACAAGAUGAGGUGAUGACUCAGUCUCAACAACAGCAACAAGUAAACCAGAAGUAUUCUUCAGGAUCAACCCAAAGUCCAACCUUAACCCCCGAUUCCCAACAAUUUUCAAAAAAUCUGCAAAAGCAACCUCGAUACGAUAGAAAACCAUUAACACCUUCCGCCAUCUUGCAAGAUUACAACAAUAAUACUCAAUCAUCAAGCGAACAAAAAAUGGUUUCCACAGCUUCAACAACUCCAAUAUCAACUAAUAAUAAUACUCCAAAACGUGGGAAACAGCAACAACAACAACAACAACAACAACAGCAGUCGGAAGAACUUGGUUCAUUUUCAUUCACAAAAAAAGACAUUGUCAAAGUUAAUUCAGUUGCAUCUGAUUUACAUUCCAAUAUCACUUCUAGCAUUUGUCGUAGUGAUAAAUCUAGUUGUCGAAAUAGUACCGGUACCAGUACAAGUACUACUAUUAGCAAUAACAACAACAAUAACAAAAAUAAUACUGACGACGAUUUAACAUUUAAGGAUUUUGAUUAUGAUGAGCAAAUUAGAUUUCCUCGUGUCAAUACUUAUUACACUUAUAGUACCAAAAAGACUUCUUUUAGUUCUAAUGAAGAUAAACCAAGUACCAAAUCACAUCCAAGUAGUGAUUCAAUUUUCAAGCAUGUCACAAAGGAAGAACAAACCCAAGGUCAACUAAAUGAAGGUGACAAAGAACAUGAACACGAUUACACUCCAGCAAACUUUGAUUUGAAUCAACCAUUGAGAAGAUAUUCAGUACCAUUACAAUUAAAAGAAUCACCUGAGGAACAAUUGUUACAUAAAUUUGCAGAAAAUAAUAAAAUUUACGAACGACUGAUGAAAUCAGGACCUGAAUCGGCAUCAGAAUCCGAAUCCGAAUCAGAAUCAAACAUAGACUCACCACCACAAUUGAGAUUGAAAAAUCAAACCAGUUUUCUCAAGACAAAAGAAAUUAAUUACAAUAAACAUUUGAAACCAUUGUAUCAAUUGAAAAAGCCACUUUUAACUCCGGCAGUAUUACGACCAGCUUAUACUAAUGAACAUGAAAAUUUGCCUCCUCCAACAGUCAUACCACCAACAUCAUCGUACACCAUUAUAAUACCCAAUUCAGAUUAUUUCCAUAGUACUGGAGGUCUACCCAAUUGUACUAAUGAACCUGUUCAUGAUCAUUGGAAGGACAAUGCAUUAACAAGCAAUUGCAUGUGGUGUGUUAAGCCAUUCCAUAAUCCUAUUGUUUCUAUGAUUUGUGAUGUACCUAGACGACAUCAUUGUCGAUUUUGUGGAUUGAUAUUUUGUGCCGAUUGUUUGGUUAAUAAAACAAUAUUAAUUGAUCAUGAAGCACGAUUUGUGAUUCCAAUAUUAUCAAAUACUACUGAAACCAAAUUACAACAAUUUUUCACGAAUUCUAAAUCUAAAGUAUGUAAGAAAUGUGGCAUGGUAUAUGAUAAUCUUAUUGAAGAAUUAAACAAACUGGAGACUGAGUAUACAACGUCGUUUGUUUUGGUUGAUAAUCCAUUUAGAAAGGAUCAUAGCAAGGGUAAUGAUUAUCUGUUUGCACAACAACAACUAGAACAACAAUCAUCUCAUACCGAGAAGAGGCUCAGUGUUGCUGAUGUACCUAAUGAUUGGGUUUGGAGUUCAUUUUAA